CGACAACGCUGUCGCGAGCACAGAGGGUUGGCAAUAGGUGUUCUGUGGUUGGCACGUUUGCGUGCCGUUGUCGGUCUACGGAAGGACUUUGCAGCGUUCCUUAUGGCAUUGUGGUUGUCUGGCUGUUUAAUCACCGCCCUGUUUCCGUUUGUCACGUUGAAGGCCUAAUGACGUAGACUGGUUUGCAUCGCAAGCUUCUCAGUGCGCUUCGUACGAAAAGGGAAGUGAAUAUGCGUGCGAUCGAAACCAACAAAUCGCCGCCGAUCGCGGCCUCGAACUGCGACCACCUCGUCUACUAAGUGUGUGGAAGGGCGUGCGCUGAUCUAAGCGUGACACUCGUGUAAAAAGAUAAGAAAAAAAUUGUGACGUCCCGAAAGUACUAGCUGGAAUCGGCGCCUGCGGAACUAAGUGCAAGCGUCCGUUGCCCCGUUUUACCUCGUAGGCCACUAUGAACAGCAGUCGCAGCGGAAACGCCUCUGCCUUCUGGCUUGAAGACACGUCGUCACUGCAAGAAGCAGCCCGGCUAUCAGCCCAAGUCAAGCAAGAUGCAGAAUUUGUAACAGAUCCUUUCAAGCCAUCCACCAUCGACGAUUCCAUUGAGCAGACGGUGCAGUCGAAAAAUAAAAAGGAAGUGAAUGCUGACGAUGACUUCUGGCACAAAUCUGCUCAUGCUGCAUUCAACUUUGACGACGACUCGGACGACGAUGGGAGAAGGAAUGUGCAGUCCAACAAGAGAACACCGUCUUCCGGCAACCAUGCGAGGAAAUUUAGCUUUGACGAAUCAAACCGGGUCACCGCGGAAGCCUGUGGUAUCACUCUACCCACUCUCGGCUCAAAUUUGAGGCGUGCAGGCCUGGAAGAUGUACUACAGAAGCACGCCGAAAGGCUGAGAAUCGGACACGAUGAUGUUCCUACAAAAGGUCUGAAAAGUACAAACACCCCGGAGGAGACUGUGAGAAAUAUUGUGAUAGGCCAGCCUUACUUCCUUGGUCAGCAUCGAUCAAAAGAAGACAAGAUUGCUCUUCUGAAUGAGGCUGUGCGUGUCCAAGAUGGAAACGCCAUAAUUGCUGUUUUGCUAUUUCUGAAGCAAACCCUGAAGCAGUCGCUCUUCAACCAAGAGCUGAUGCAGAGACCGAGGGCCGUGUCCCACUACGUCAGUCACCUUCGUGCUGUGCAGGACAACAGCCAGCUGAUGGAUGUUCUGGGAAUGCUUGGCAGGGCCGAGGACGCCGCCAUGUUCAAGUACAAGCUUGCUGUGGAAACACCAGAGGCUGCAACAAGGCUUCGAAACCUGCAGUCCUGUUACAAAUCCCACUUCCAGUCCGACCCUUCACUUGAGACACAGGCUGAACUGGUCAGAGAAGAAUUGAAACUUCUUGAAAUGCAGCUCACCAUAGAGGAACAAGACUCAAGAGCGGAAAAAGAAGGUCAGAACAUCCUCAUGCAAGAGUUUCCUCGCAAGGCACCCGUGGUCGGCACGUCCCUGGUCACAACACUUUACUACUGCUGCCUCUACCAUUACAAUGUCUCGAACAGCCAUAUUGCCAGUCCAAGCCAGAUGAAGGCGCUCUUCAAUCUGACCGAGAAACAAUUUGUCUGGACUGCUUUGGCAGCGUUAGCACAGAUAAAACAUUGGAAAGAAAUUGACAACCUGUUUCAAGGCAAGUCGUGGCUUGGCAAGUCGAAAAUGCGAUGCUGCAUCGGCUUCGACAAGGCUGUUGAAAUCCUGGCCAAGGCGCAUGCCCCACCCGAGGUGUUCGAGAGAUACCUCCAGAUGGUUGACGAUUCAGAAAAGCGACUAACGUUGGCCAAGGCGCACAAGUGCCACAACGUUGUCAUUGAGACACUAGUUUACCUAAGAGAUCGACAGCGGCUGCUUAGGUACAAGAGCGAAGUGCCACAACAAUCUGUUGCAUUCUUUGAGAUUGAAAGGCUUCUCAGCGGCACGGCUGUUAAGUGGAAGAACUGAAGCCACCUUUUUUCUUUCACUGUAAAUAAAAAAAAAACUGGGUUUUUGUGUCAUACACACGAAAGAAGAAAGAAGCAGCGAGAAACAAAAAGUGUGUCUUGUUGUUCAUACCUGUUUGUAUGUAACAAAAAUACAGCUUUAUAAUAUCUUGAAA